AUGGCGGACUCGACACUCGGCGUGAAAACGGAAGCGCUGCCUGUCAAGAUGGAGCAAGACGGGGAGGACACUAUCAUGUCGAACGUGCCGGCAACCGAAGACGACAUCUACGAAGACGCAGGGGAUCUAGAAUUCUUCGACCCCAACGUGCCCGGAAACCCGAGUGGGAAUAUGUACCUCGUCAGGGUGCCGCCGUAUCUUUGGGACGUGUGGGAUAAGCUCGACGACGAUGCGGAGAUCCAAGUGGCAACCUUGCGCCAAUGGAGCGAGACUGGAAAGAACGGCGAGACGAAGUACCGGAUGCGAAUGCUCCUCCGGAACGAUCUCUCCACCCACCAGGGGAUCCCGAAAGAGUACGAACUAGACUUGCCCAUGGAGACAAAGGGCGUGCAGAACACACAGAUAAAGAACACGUUCAUCUUCAACGAACAAGACCUGCCUGGGUUCAAAGCCAAGAACAAGCUGCGCGCAGACGCAGCAGCGGCUGGCAUUCCUUCCCAUCUGCUCCGCCAGAAGGACCGCGUCGACAAGCCUGCCCAUCACAACUUUCAUCAUGGCCGGCGACGACAAGAGUUCUUCCGGAAGGCGAUUCCAAAAAAAACGACCGUCGCCGGGCGGAUACGGCAUGAGCUCAACUGCGCCCCCGUGAAGAACCCAGAAUCCGAAUACAUCCUGAACGAGCGGGCACGCGCCGCCAUGCUGCCAAAAGCACAAGUCAAGUUCGGCGAUGCAUCAAAGCCCGAGUUCCGCAUCAUUGGCAGCGGCGGCAUCGCCAGCCACUCGUAUGCAACGGACUUUAUCAAAACUGCCCAGACCGCACCAAAGGUCAAGAAGGCGGAGACGAAGACGGCGCGUAUGCCGGAGAACGACUUGCUCGACUUGAUCUUCGCCUGCUUUGCGCGGUUUCGAUUCUGGUCAAUGCGCGCUUUGCGCGCUGAGAUCCCUCAGCCUGAGAUUUACCUUCGCCAGACUCUCGAGAAGGUGGCCGACUUGCACCGCAGCGGUCGGUUUGCCAACAAUUGGGAGCUGAAGCCAGAGAACCGCAAGGAUGGCUCAGCUACAGCUGAGGUGAAGGCGUCAGAGUUCGUGGCAGAAAGUGCAGACACCGACACCGAUGGCGAGGAUGAAGACAUGAAGCUCGAGGACGUCAUCCCGUCAGCCUCGCAGUAG